AUGGGAGACUUUGACUCACGGCUUUCCCAGUUACUCGAGUGGAUUGGCUCCACGCAAUGUGACAAAAGUGUGCCAGGAGAGACCUACAUCUCCCCUGAUCUUACAGUGCAGGAUGUGGAAGGCUCAGGAAGGGGGGUUUAUGCAAAAGGAAAUAUCAAACCACACAGCUUGAUCAUCAACAUUCCUCAUGGCUUCUUAUUGAACUUUGUUACAGUGCUAAAUCAUAUCGCCCAGUACAACGGUAUGAAACUUGACAACCAUUCGAAAGUGCCGCUGCAUAUCGUUCAUGACUCGUACACCAAAAUAUAUCAAAAGCUAUCUAAAGAUGAAUUGCUCAAGUUGUCGUCAUUUCAGUUACUAUCCAUGUAUAUAACCAUAGAAAGGAAACGAGACUCGUCUUAUUGGAAGCCAUUUAUUGAAAUGCUACCCACCAUUGAUGAUUUCUUGUUGAUGCCUAUAAACUAUGAUUGUGGCAUCUUAGAGUUGUUACCUAGGUCAACCAAAUUCAUGCAUGAAAAAGUCCUCCAAAGAUUUAACCUAGAUUACCAAGUCGUCGUUAACCUACUAAGCCUGAAAACUGGCGACGUUUCAUCUAUUAUUCCCAAAGACGAAUUUCUUCUUUCAUGGAUCAGUAUCAAUUCACGUUGCUUGUACAUGAAGUUACCUACUAGUACACAUAAUCUGGACAAUUUCACGAUGGCACCGUACAUUGAUUUCAUUAAUCACUCUCCUGAUGAUCACUGUAAUUUGAAGAUUGACAAUAAGGGGUUUCAAGUAUUUACAACGUCGAACUAUCCGACUAAUGAGCAACUAUACUUCAGUUAUGGGCCUCAUAGCAAUAACUUUUUACUUACUGAGUACGGAUUUAUUAUAGCUGAUAACAAAUGGGAUGACAUUGAUGUAUCUGAGGAUAUAUUGUCGUUGUUGAGACCAAAUCAGGUUGAGUUUUUAAAACAGCAUGAUUAUUUUGAUAACUAUACGAUAAACAAGGAUGGGAUGUCGUUCCGAACUGAAGUAGCAUUGGCUACAUUGCAAGAAUCAACUCCUCAAGAAUCACGGCGUUUGAUUGCUUUGAUCAAUGGAAAUUUCGACGGAGCAUUUAAUCAUAAGGGCAAGGAAAAGAACUAUAGGGGCUCUAUAUAG